UCUUGCUAACUGCUCAAACUUGGUUGCUUGCAUAUGCAAAAAAAACUUGUUCCGGCAACCUAGAUAGCCACUCUUCACUCCCAGGCAAAACGUCAUGAGUUUUAAGUUAAACCACUAAAUUGGUCGUACCGGGGAAAAAGGGCAAAAAACGAAUUAAAGUGUAAGCGACCAGUCGUAUAGCAUUCGACAACUUUGCCGAUUCCAAGGGACCACACGCUCCACGUCCUACUCUUUUAGUAGUAUUUAGGCUGUCUCAUUUGAGUAUAUUAUUAUUAUUAUUUCAGCUUUCUUCUUGUUCAUUCAUUUCUUCUUCUUCCUCUUUCUCAGCUUUCAAUGAAGAAAACUAAGCUAAAGAACCCUCCACCGCUUUUGCCCAUUUGCAAUCUUUCCAAUGAAACUCAUCCUUUCCUAUUUCGCCGUUGUCUAUGCUUUUCUCAUCACUUGUACUGAGGUUGACAGUCUUGGCUCUGCCUCCACCAUUGCUGUUAUUUAUGGCACUGCUACUGUCUGCGGGAUCAUUGCCCGCGAACCAACGCAAAGAAUCCAAUGCUUCAAAAAUGGCCAAACAAUCUCAAUCAAACCUACAGUUUCUUUUGAAGCUAUCUCUGGAGGACACACCUUCUUCUGCGGCCUUCGUUCUGGAGGCUUUAGUGUCUUCUGCUGGGAGACAAAUGCUGCAAACUUUCAAACAAAGCGCAUUUAUUAUAAUGACACCGUUCCAUUAACUGAUCUAACCGUUGGAGAUGAUCAAGUUUGCGCUAGAGAGGUCAACUCUGGUAUAGCUAAGUGCUGGAGAGGGAAAGGUAGAGGUAGGUCUCCUUUUCCAUCGCCUUCAAUUGCUUUAAGGUUUAGUACACUCACAUCUGGAACAGGCUUUACAUGUGGAAUUUUGAGGAACAACAGCACAGUUUAUUGUUGGGGUCAUAAUAAUAAUAAUGUUGGAGCCGAGAUUCAAAGACAGUUUGGCAGUUUAAGAAUGUUAUACUUGGUUGCUGGACAGUCUCAUGCUUGUGGAUUGAGUAGAAGUGGAUAUUUAGUGUGUAAAGGGAGCAAUAAUGAGUUUGGAAAAUUGGAUGUUCCUUCUAGUUCAGCUUUUGAAUUUUCAGGUCUUGCUUUAGGAUCAGAUUUUAGUUGUGCUAUUAAGCAAAGAAAUGGAUUAGUAAAAUGUUGGGGAGAAGAAAACAAGUUUCAACUCAACGCCAACAUAUUAGAAGAUAUAUCAUUUGAGUUGAUUGUUUCAGGUUUGGAUUUCACAUGCGGACUUACAACAAAUAAUUUAUCGAUGACUUGUUGGGGACAAGGAUGGUCUAAUAAUGGAAAUGAUGUUCCUCUAGGAAUGAUAAUUCCAGGCCCUUGUGUUCAGUCUUCCUGUAGCAAUUGCGGCAUCUGCACUAUUAUUUAUUGCUUAUGCAGAUUUUUACAUCAUAAUUCUGGGCAGCCCUCAAUUACUAAUGACAAUGUGAAUGCUGCUACUGCUUUGACUACCAAUGGUUCUAUUUCCACAACACCAUCUUUAAGAUCAUUUUCAGUGCUUAAGCAUCAUAGCUCAACGCAACUGGGGCGGCAGAAAAGUACAUCAUCUUCUAGGCACACAAACAAGGUUCAGAAAUUUUCCCUAUCGGAGCUUGUUUUUGCUACGAAUAAUUUCUCAUUGGAAAACAAGAUUGGCUAUGGCAGCUUUGGUAUUGUCUACAAAGGCAAACUUGCUGAUGGUCAUGAAGUGGCUAUAAAAAGAGGAGAUAUUGGUAUAAAGAUAAAGAAAUUUCCGGAGAAAGAGGGUGCAUUUGAUUCAGAAAUAGCAUUGUUAUCACGGCUUCACCAUAAGCAUUUAGUGGAGCUAGUGGGUUUCUGUGAUGAAAAAGAUGAGAGACUUUUGGUUUAUGAGUACAUGUGCAAUGGUGCACUCUAUGAUCAUUUGCAUAACAAGAACAAUAUUGAAAAAAGUAGCAGCAUUUUGAAUUCUUGGAAAAUGAGGAUAAAAAUUGCAUUGGAUGUCGCAAGAGGGAUUGAGUAUCUCCAUAACUUUGCAGUGCCACAUAUAAUUCAUAGAGAUAUCAAAUCCUCAAAUAUUCUUCUAGAUGCAAAUUGGACUGCAAAAGUAUCCGAUUUUGGGUUAUCAUUAACAGGACCAUGUUCUGAUAAAGAAUUCAAGCCAUCAAAGGCAGUUGGAACAGUAGGAUACAUUGACCCUGAGUACUAUGUAUUAAAUGUACCAACAGCAAAAAUUGACGUUUAUGGUCUAGGUGUAGUGUUAUUAGAGCUUUUGACUGGAAAGAAAGCUGUGUUCAAGGCUGAAGAGGAAGGUGCAGGUCCAACAGGGAUUGUGGAGUAUGCGACGCCACUGAUAUCGACAAUGGAGCUUCAGACUUUGUUAGAUAAAAGAGUAGGAUCACCUCAGAUUCAUGAGGCAGAGGCAGUGGAGUUGAUGGCCUACACUGCAAUGCAUUGUGUAAGCCUGGAGGGAAAGGAGAGGCCUAAUAUUGAUCAAAUUGUUGCAAAUUUAGAAAGAGCAUUGGCUCUUUGUGAGGAGACUCAUGCUAGCUUCUCCACUUUCACAUUCUCCAUUCCAUCAGAUUGACAUUUACCCUCCAGUGCCAAUUACCCUUGAAUUUUCCAUGUUAAGAAAAAAAAUCCCAUUUUGUUUUUACUCCGUUACUUUAAGAUGCUUAGCAUUUGUUUUCUCCUUUGCCCAUAUUGUAGGGUAAUUCACCCUACAUUGUUGUAACACCUUAUAUAGUUAUUCUUUCUGCAAGUGUAACAAAAUCAUAAAAGUUAGUGGUCACUAACGUAAUGAUCCUUAUCCUCUUGUUUUUGGUGUUCAAAGGCAUUCUCUCGGAUAUUGGAGCAAGUUCUUUUCUUUAAUUGAA